AUGGGAGGGCAGGAGAACCGGGAGACGGGAGACGAGAGACGGGAGACGGGAGACGGGAGACGGGAGACGGGAGACGAGAGACGGGAGACGAGAGACGAGAGACGGGAGACGGGAGACGGGAGACGGGAGACGGGAGACGGGAGACGGGAGACGGGAGACGGGAGACGGGAGACGGGAGACGGGAGACGGGAGACGGGAGACGGGAGACGGGAGACGGGAGACGGGAGACGGGAGACGGGAGACGGGAGACGGGAGACGGGAGACGGGAGACGGGAGACGGGAGACGGGAGGCAGGGAAAAACAGGAAAAUAA